AUGAGGAGUAAACCAGUGAUCACGUUGUAUCUCCCCUUUCUCCUCUUCUUCUCCAUCUUGAUCUCUUUUAUCUCACCAUUAACAGCCCAACAACAAGAACAGAAGCUCUCUUCCUUCUACACCGCCAACUCGCCUUGGUCACCAUCCAUGAAUCAAACCCUUGUAUCCACUAACUCAACCUUUGCUGCUGGAUUCCGACCAUUAUCCACUUCUCCAGAUCUCUAUAUUUUCGCCAUUUGGUUCCUGAAAGGCCUAGAUAAAACCAUUAUCUGGUCACUUAAUGGCACUAUUACUUCACCAGUAAACCAAUCUUCUUCUCUUGUCAUCACGCCCGCUGGCAUUCUCCAACUCAACGAUUCGACCGGAAAUAAUCUGUGGCAGCCGACCGCGUUCGGAGAUCCUAAACAGACUAAACUAGUCCUCGGCGAAGAUGGUAACUUGGUGUUUGGUAAUUGGAGCAGCUUCAACUAUCCAACUGAUACAAUUCUACCGAGCCAGACCACCGAUGGCACAACACUAGUCUCAAAGAAUAGAAAGUUCAUGUUUAGAAACAAUCAAGACUUAGUUUUCAAUUCAUCCAAUAUUUACAAAACAAUCACUCCGAUUGGCUUUCUGUACUCUAAUGGGACUCUCACCAUGAAAAAUGUUGCCGCUUCAUAUAUUAUGGCCGAUCUUGGAACUGUUCGGUUGCGCCGAUUGACUCUUGAUAACGAUGGGAACCUGAGAGUUUAUAGUCUCCGUUCUCGUUCAGGAAAAUGGAUGAUUGUUUGGCAAGCAAUCCAAGAACUUUGUACCAUUCAUGGCACCUGUGCUCCAAAUUAUAUAUGUAUGACCGAUGGUUCCAAUUCUACUUUCUGUGUUUGCCCAUCGGGAUUUCAAGUGCUAACAGAGGUUGGUGUGCUAACAGAGGUUGGUGGUGAGAAAAUCUGCGAAAGGAGAAUUCCACUAACGCAAAAGGACAGCAAAUUUCUCCGGCUGGAUUUCGUUAAUUUCACUGGUGAUCCAAACGAUGGAGACCUUCAAGCUCCCAAUUUCACUUCCUGCAAGAAUGGAUGCUUAGCCAACCCAAGUUGCCUUGCCUAUUCAGUCAAAUACGAUGGAAAGAACUACUGUGUCCACCAUGAAAGCCUCUUGUAUGGCUACUGGUCUCCAGCGACGAGGCUCACAACGUUUCUGCGAAUCUCCAACUCAGAAACAAAUAUUUCUAGCAACUUCACCGGCAUAGCAACUAAGGUAAACACAAUCUGUUCUACUCUUAUUAGUCUUCCUCUACCACCUAACCACUCUAAAACCACAGCUAGGAACAUUGCCAUCCUCUCCACUGUCUUCUCUGUUGAGUUCAUUGUUCUUUCCCUCUCUGUUUGGGUUUUCGUUAAGAAAUACCUCAAAUACCAAGACAUGGCAUGGACGUUAGGCCUUGAACUCUUACCCUCUGGAGGCCCAAAAAGAUUCAGCUAUGCCGAGCUCAAAGCUGCCACAAAUAACUUCUCUAACAUUAUUGGGCAAGGUGGAUUUGGGAUUGUAUAUAAAGGGGAACUACCCGAUCACCGGAGUAUUGCCGUGAAGUGCCUUAAGAAAGUCUCCGGUGGAGAGACGGAAUUUUGGGGUGAGAUCAUAAUCAUUGCCCGAAUGCACCACCUCAACCUAGUCCGAAUUUGGGGUUUCUGUGUUGAGAAGGAUCAUAGAAUGUUGGUGUAUGAGUAUAUCCCAAAUGGGUCUCUUGCCAAAUACUUAUUCUCUGCCAACUCACCUGCAAUUACAGAGUCAUCAGGUCAGGGAAAGAACAGCACCGGUAGCAGUAGUAACAACAACAACAACAACAAAAAUAGUGAUAGUUUUUGCAGCAGUAAUCUUGCAGAGAAUACCCCAUUGAGGCCAUUACUGGAUUGGAAUGUAAGAUACAGGAUUGCCCUUGGUAUUGCAAGGGCUAUUGCAUAUCUUCAUGAGGAAUGUCUUGAGUGGGUUCUCCAUUGUGACAUUAAACCAGAGAACAUCCUUCUAGGAGAUGAGUUUUGUCCCAAGGUAGCAGAUUUUGGGCUAUCGAAGCUGACAAAGAAGGAAGACAAGGUAGCCAUGUCACGAGUCCAUGGUACACGAGGUUACUUGGCACCGGAGUGGGUGACAAGGGAGCAGCCAAUUACUGCGAAAGCCGAUGUUUAUAGUUUUGGAAUGGUGUUAUUAGAGAUUGUGAGCGGUGAAAGGAACCUUAAUUCCCGUUUAUCGUCAGCUCAUGGGAGUGAGGAAUGGUAUUUUCCGAGAUGGGCAUUUGAGAAAGUGUAUGAGGAGAGGAAGAUGGAAGAUCUUUUGGAUAGACAGAUCAACCAUUGUUAUGAUAAUCAGAUUCAUUUUGAGUUGGUGGAUCGGAUGGUGAAGACUGCAAUAUGGUGCGUACAAGAAAGGCCUGAACUGAGGCCAUCAAUGGGGAAAGUUGCAAAGAUGCUUGAAGGAACAUUGGAGAUCACAGACCCUCCAAAGCCAAACAUUUUCUACUUGGAAAUUGAAGAUGACUGAGCCU